GUCUACGGGGAGGUAGUUCAGUCAGUUCAAGCUAGUCAGUCGACCGAGCGACGCAGGUGGUGACGGUCGAUCGUUGUCGACUUCCAUCUCUAUCGACUUUAUUUUCGAGCCAUACAGCGUUUGCAGAGGGUAGCUGAGACAAGAGGGAAUUAGUGAUCAUGCGUGCGUAGAGUAGCAAUCUCGCGUCGAGUAUACGAUGCCGCGAAAACUCUCGCCUCAAGCAACUUUACGACCAGGAUUAUGAUUACAUCAUAAACAUUCGCAUCUCGAUCGACUCGCAUCCUUGUCGACGCGUCACGCUUUCGAUCGCAAGGAAAAAAGGGAUAUCGGGGCUAAUCUCGUUGAUAAUUCUCAAUCCAUCAGUGUUCUUCGGCGAAGGACACGCUAUCUCUGUUGGAAAGAAUUUCCUGGUGCGAUUAAGCGGGAAGGAAACGGAAAACGAGAAAAGCUUCUCUGGGAGGCCGCUACUCUCAUCUAAUGUAGCGAAAACAAACGAAGCGUCCCUUCCAAACAUUAUCGACGAUAAAUCCGAAAUGUACUCGGCAGGAAGAACUCAAAGAUCUAAUCUCGCAAAGCGAUAAUUUUAUUACGCGAGGAAAAUCAAAAUAGAACUAUUUAGCAAUGAGUUUAAUCGCGGAAAGAAUUGUUCGAUUUACAAGUCCGAGGAGAAACAUUAAUUAUAAUCCGUGUCAAGAUUGCACGCAAGUGAUAAGUGUUCGCGACAAAUCGACAAGUGUUCGCGGAUAAACAAAGUUCGUCGAGCAGAGUAAUUAAAUCGAGACCAAAAUUAAGUGUAAAGAAGCAAGAACAAAAUGAAACUUGGACAACCACAAUCGACCAAUCCUAUUAACGAGCGUUUAAUGAGCGGCGCAUGAACGUGCAGAAGAAAGGACAGCUCUAUCGAAAUAAAGCUCGGAGAUAAUAUGACCAUGGAAGCUUGCAAUGUAUGGAGCGACGUCACGCCGCGAAAAUAUCGACCACCGCGAAUUGGUGACAUUCCAAAACGCAGUGCGAUCGAUCGCCCUUCUCCUUCAGAUUCACUCCCUUAUAUCUCGAGGCAGACAAAGAUUUUGCCUUCUGAAUCCGUAUUAUCGACGGACGUACCUAGUUCGUCGAAAGUGCCGUCAAGCCCGGAAUAUAUCCAGGAAGUACGCAAAGACAGCGCAUUGUACCUUGAAGAAGUGGAAGAAACGCUGAAGCCGACUUUGAAACCGACUUACACGGAUGUCCGAAGACAGAGCAGCGGCUACGUGAGUCCUCGAGGCAGCUUCGACGAUAAUAGAAGAAGCUCGACAACAAACGGUGACACGCAGCCGCAGGACCUAUUGCCAAAGGAAAGACGCGUAUCGAGAACGAAAGCCUUGACUAAAAACCUUGCUUAUAGGGUAGAAGAGAGCAUUGAAGAGCAGGAGCUGACCGCAGAUAUACCGGAAAAAAAAAUGCCAACGACAGAGAUACAUAGAAAGGUGUCGAGCUCCGGCCUCGACAUGCCUAGCAUCGAGGAGGUGAAGGAGGUCCUCAAGGAAAAGACCCUGCCCCAACAAGAGAGUCCCGAGAGCAACGAGUUAACAGAGGAUGUUGUCAAAUUGCAACUGACAUCGCGCAAGGAUCUUCCGCGUGAAAGUGGCGGGAGUAUGCGGGAGAUGGACGAGACAGCUAAAGUCCAGCAAGUGAUCGACAAAACUAUUGGAUUGAGUGAUUCUAAGAGUGCUCCGAAUACAAAUGUGGCAACUGUUAUUGCCGCGGACAAUAGUCGAAUAGUAGAUACGAAAAAAUUAUCUUUGUCCGGUGAAGCACGAUCGAACCAACGAUUGCUCGGGGAAACUGUCAAUGUAACCGACAAGCCCAUUCCUCCUCGCUAUCCUUACAGCACUCCUCAAGGAUCACCCAGGAUGCGCAACAGAGUACUCAAUAGAGAGCACUCCGUUGGAGCCAACACGUGCAACUUUAUCGAUAACCAACACGACAAUCAACAAUUGAAUCAAUAUAAAGUGUUGGAUGAAAUCGGAAAGGGCUCUUUUGGUGUCGUGAAGAAGGUCUACAAUGAGGAAGACGGAGUGCAUUACGCCAUGAAAAUAGUUAGCAAGAGGAAAUUGAUGAAGAAAACGGGGAUAUUUGGUAAAAUACCACCCCGCAGGGCGGGCGCAGAUCCCUUGGCGAAAGUUUACAAGGAGAUUGCCAUCCUGAAAAAACUCGAUCACCCUAAUGUCGUCAAACUAGUCGAAGUACUCGACCAUCCUGAUAAGGACAAUCUCUACUUGGUCUUCGAACUAGUCCACAGGGGCGAAAUCCUCGUUAUACCCACUGAAAAUCCUCUGACAGAAGAAACAGCCAGACGUUACUUUCGCGACGUCGUCAUGGGAGUCGAAUAUUUGCAUUACCAGAAGAUAGUGCACCGUGACAUAAAGCCAAGCAAUCUACUGGUGGACAGAGACGACAGAAUUAAAAUUGCUGAUUUAGGAGUCAGCACGGAAUUAAGAGAACCUGGAGAAUUAUUAUCAGGGAAAGCUGGCACACCGGCCUUCGCGGCGCCAGAAAUAUCCAUUGCUAACGCACAGUACUCAGGACCACCCUGCGAUGUAUGGUCAAUGGGAGUCACGUUGUACGCGCUUGUCGCCGGACAUCUACCCUGGAAUGAGUCCGAUGGCAGAGUCAUUCAUGAAAUCGUUCGUAAUGAANNGCUCGUAUUUCCUUCGCAUCGCAUGUCUCUGGAUAUGCGCGAUCUGAUCGGGCGGAUGCUGGAUAAAAUGCCGGAAAGCAGGAUCACAAUCUCAGAGAUGAAACAGCACUCGUGGCUGACUAAUAACUCAACCGAACCACUGCCGAGCGAGGUCGAUAACUGUCGCGUACCAGUCACCGUCACCGAGGAAGAAGUCAUAAGACUCGGCACCUUGCUUAUGGUCAAGAAUAUGUUGAAACAGCAUAGUUUCCAAAAUCCAUUCUUGCUUAAGCGACUCGGACGAACGGCGAACAACGGUACGCAAUCACCGGUGAGCGGACAAGAAAACGCCGUAUCUUCUUCAUCGCAACAUGAUACGACGAGAGACGCAAAGACAGAACGUUUUCACGAGACCGGAAGAAGCAAUUCCGCGCCGGACUCCUAUGAUUGGCACACAGGCGGCAGACAAGUAUCGGUGGAAAAUCCCUUGUCGCCUGUGACAGAAGCCGAGAGAAGGUAAUGACGUUACCAAUAGAAGUAGCUCAAAAUAAGGAAACACACAUACCGAUCUUUAGAUGACAGGUCAACGUCAAACGGAAAUGAUCAUCGAUCUAGCGACCGCGACGUCAAAAGGCGAAUUUGUCAAACGAACCAACGAAAACUUAAUCUUCCAAAGAAACGUCGUUAUCGAUUUCGCUCUCAUUGCUUUUAUCGUUAGAACCGUGGAACGUUACUUUUAGUUUUGCAAGAGCUCUAUUUACGUUGCGGUAUGCGGAAAUUCCAAACCGGCGAGGCUGAAACAGCGGAUCAAAGACGUGUUGGAAAUGUUUUUCCGUUAGAUCUCAAAAAUUUUAUAUGAAUACAAAUAUAAUAUUGCCGUUCAACGUUCUAUAUUAUAUUAUGGUGAUAGAGUCAGUGAUCAUAUCUCUGAUUAUUGUUGGUUGAUGAUGUAUAUGGUAAUGUUAUUUACAAUUAAUGACCGCACAUAAAUAGCUCAUUAUACAUAUAACUCUUAAAAACAUAGAGCUAUUAUUACGUUUAUGUGUAUUUCGCUAUUGACUGCCAAUGUUGUCUACGAAAUGAAAUCUGGCGAAUUUUAAUGACUACAAAGUAUAGUGCCAUUAAAUAAUCAAUCACUAUAUUGUUUUCUUUUAUGUUGCUUUUUAUCUAAAGCAAUUCCUAUGAAUACUUAAUAUUUGUAUAAAAAAGCAAUUUCUAUAAAUAAUAAAAAAUUAACAAAGUAAUACUAUACGUAUCAUUACGGCAAUUUCUCAGAGAUUGAAAAAACGAUUAAAUAUUUAUGCUAUAUAAUAAUGUAUAUAUAACGAGAUAAUAUAAAAUGUGAUUUAUCUAAUCUCAAAUUACUAUAUAUAACAAGAAAUUGAAUUUUGCGAUGUAAAUUACGAUUUAAUUGGGAAGUUGAUGGUACAAGGAUAGAUCACGAUAAAUUUUAUCGCGUUAAAAUCACGUGUGUAUAAAAUCGUGAAAGAUAACGAGUGGAUAAUGCAUCUAAUGCAAUGAUCCGAAAUAAAGCAUGCCUCGCCGGAUUUAACAUUCCAUUAAUUUGUAAAAAAAGCAUUUUUAAAUAAUUUCAGGAUUUAGAGCUAUGUAUGCUGUGCCGAUCUAGUAUUAGAAAGAGAGCUUCAUCGUAAAAACAUUUUUUUUUUAAAUAUAUUAUCACAGUAAUGCAAAAAUAUCAAAAAUAUACAUACAAAUGUCAUAGUACGAGCAAUGUUUGAUAUGAUGUGUUUUCUACAAUAUUUUUUCAUUUUUUUUUUUAUAAAUCCCAUUUUUAUUUCCCUUGUCGCUACAAGGGAAAUAAAAACCAGAUGACUUGAUGUUAAAUGUUAAAAUCUAAAGUAAAUAUCAAUUUUACAAACAUGUCAAAUAACAUGAUAUGAAAAGACAGAAUAUUUCAUGUCUGUAAUCACAAUAUGGAGAGAAUUUACAAUAAAUUUGUAAAAAAAUAUUCAUAUGUAUUGUAAAAAAAUAAACAGUAUGAUAAAUCUACGAAUUGCACAUACCAGUUGAACUCAUGAACUGAACAACUCAUGAACACAUUAUAUCAAACAGGAAUUAAUUAAAAUAAAAGAUAAAAUAUUUAAUUACAAUUUAAAUAAAAUAAAGAAACUACAUUUACAGCCAAGAAUUUCGUUAAAAAUAACAUUUCUAAAAUAUAUAAGAGUUCUGACAGCUGUGAUAUAUUUUUGAUUAUAGCUAAUCAAAUUCUCUUCUAAGCUAGAUUGGCAGAUUCGAAUAAAUUCGAAAAGAAGUAAUUAACGACAGUUCCAAGGAAAGUGGAUAAGAUCUCUAUGCGAGUAAUUUUUUUUUAAUCACACGGUUAAUUUGUAAUUUACAUGAGCACCGGAAGAAUGUCUUGUAACAAAUUAAUUCCAG